AAAAUGAAUCGAGGUGCAAUUGGAGAGAAAAAUUCUCGAUUGCAGGUAAAGGUGGACGCACUCCAGCCUCUCGCUCGGGCGUGAAGACGAAAGAAGAGGGGUUUGUUCUGCUUACAGGGGAUUCACCGUGCCCGACCAUCACCAACAUGCCUGUUCUCAACCAGGAGCCCUCCAAAGAUUUGGCCCCCCGUGAUAGUCUGCCAAAACUGCCCCUACCGGCGCUGAAGGACACGCUGGACACAUACCUGAGGUGCGUGAAACACCUGCUGACAGCGGAGCAGUUCGAAACAACACAAGAGGCGGUGAAGCACUUUGGCACCCCCGGUGGCGUGGGGGAGCUACUGAACAGAAAGCUCAUGGAGAGGCGGGAGAAGGAGGCCAACUGGGUGUAUGACUACUGGUUAAAUGACAUGUACCUCAACAACAGACUUGCACUGCCGGUCAACUCCAGCCCUGCGUUGGUCUUCCCGUCACAGAACUUCAGCGCUCCUAUAGAUUCCCUCAGGUUUGCUGCAAACUUGAUAGCUGGAAUUCUAGAGUAUAAAAACCAACUUGAUACACGUACUUUACCUGCGGACUACGCCCGAGGUCAGCUGGGCGGUACCUUUCUGUGUAUGGAGCAGUAUUAUCGGAUCUUUACCUCCUACCGGGUACCGGGCCAAGAGAGGGACACGCUAGUGGCGCAGGACAGUACUGUGAUGGCGGAACCGGAACACAUCAUUGUGGCAUGUAAAAACCAGCUAUUUGUGCUGGACGUGGUGAUCAAUUUUCGGCGCCUGAGUACCCAAGACCUCCUGACUCAGCUGGAGAAGAUCAUAAAAAUGGCUGAAAAUCAAGACGAGCGGCAGCCACCGAUCGGUCUACUUACCUCCGAUGGACGCAGAGAGUGGGCAGAGGCUCGCAGCGUGCUCAUGAGAGAGUCAACCAACAGGGACUCAUUGGACAUGAUCGAGCGCUGCCUUUGUUUGGUCUGUCUGGAUGACGCCAGCGGGACCGAGCUGACCGACUCCACUCGGGCCGUGUUGAUGUUGCACGGGGGAGGAGUGACAAUGAACGGGGGAAACCGCUGGUACGACAAGAGUGUACAGUUUGUCGUAGGUGCCGACGGCUGUUGCGGAGUCGUGUGUGAGCAUUCACCGUUUGAAGGGAUUAUUCUGGUGCAGUGCAUGGAGUACCUUCUCAAGUACACGAUGUGUAGCCCGUCCAAGCUGGUGAGAGCUGCAAGUGUGAGCGAGCUCCCGGCUCCAAGACGACUCCGCUGGAAAUGCACCCCAGGGAUGCACAAACUCCUCACCUUCUCUGAAGACAAACUUCAAAGGCUUGUGAAGAAUCUCGACAUGAACGUCCACAAAUUCCACCAUUAUGGGAAAGAAUUGAUCAAGAAGCUGAAAAUGAGUCCAGAUGCCUUCGUCCAGGUGGCUCUUCAGUUGGCCUACUACAGAUGUCACGGCAGACAAGUUUCCACCUAUGAGAGCGCUUCCAUGCGACGCUUUAAGGACGGACGAGUGGACAACAUUCGCUCUGCAACUCCAGAAGCCCUGGACUUUGUCAGAGCAAUGAGUGAUGGAAGCACAAGUGUAAGCAGUUCUGAGAAGAUGGAGUUGUUACAAGGCGCCAUAACAGCCCAGACUAAAUAUUCCACACUGGCUAUCAUGGGUAUGGCCAUAGACAAUCACCUACUGGGAUUACGUGAGAUUGCACGUGAACUGAAGAUCGACAAGCCAGAGAUGUUCAAAAAUGAAGCGUAUCACAUCAGUAAUCACUUCCUUCUCUCUACAAGUCAGGUUCCAACCGCUGUUGAGAUGUUCUGCUGCUACGGACCCGUGGUUCCAGACGGGUACGGGGUGUGCUACAACCCUCAGUCGGACCACUUCGUUUUCAGCGUGUCAAGCUUUCGGGAGAGUCCUCACACUUGUUCGUCAAAAUUUGUAAACAGUCUGGAAAGGGGACUUUUAGACAUGAGGGAUCUGUGCCAUAAAAGCAGCUCUAAUCCACAUGCGCCUAGACAGGCUAAAACCACGGAGACCUCCACCCAAAAGAAACCUGCUGACCUGAGCAAGAAACAGGGAUCACAAUGAAAUGUUGCCGUGAAGACACAAAGCCAGAUUUUAUCGAAAGCUGGUGGUAAAUCAUAGGAAACGUAUGGUGUGCCACAAUAAUCCU